AAGUGGUGCCUGGUCAGUUCACCCGAUAAUGUUGAGAAUAUGCAGUAUUUUUUGCGCAUGGAGUGUACUGUUUUUGACAGAAGUCUGCGGGCAGUCACAACGGAGAACAACGUUUACAUGCGGAGGGAAUAUAACGGGGGAUUCUGGGGUCAUUGGGAGCCCGGGGUAUCCAGGGGUGUACCCCCCAAAUACCAAAUGUGUUUGGAGAAUCACGGUCCCUGAGGGUAAAGUGGUGGUCCUGUCCUUCCGCUUCAUUGACCUGGAGAGUGACAACCUGUGUCGCUAUGACUACGUGGAUGUUUACAGUGGCCAUGUGAGUGGCCAGAGGCUGGGCCGCUUCUGUGGGACUUUCAGGCCAGGCGCCCUGGUCUCCACAGGCAACAAGAUGCUCAUUCAGAUGGUGUCUGAUGCCAACACAGCUGGGAGUGGCUUCCUGGCGGUGUACUCUGCUGCCCAGCCGCAUGAGAGAGGGGAUCAGUACUGUGGCGGUCGUCUGGUUAAACCCUCCGGGUCCUUCAAGACCCCUAACUGGCCCGAGAAAGACUACCCCGCAGGGGUCACCUGCUCAUGGCACAUAGUGGCUCCUAAGAACCAGAUUAUUGAGGUGAAGUUUGAGAAGUUCGAUGUGGAAAGAGACAACUACUGUCGAUAUGACUAUGUGGCCAUUUUCAACGGGGCAGAGAUUAACGAUGCCAAGAGGAUCGGGAAGUACUGUGGCGACAGCCCUCCAGCUCCAGUAUUCUCUGAAGGUAACCAGCUCCUGAUCCAGUUCUUCUCAGACCUCAGUUUAACAGCAGACGGGUUCAUCAGCCACUACAAGUUUAGACCCAAGAAGUUUCCCAUCACCACAGUACCACCGACCACCACCACCCCAGCAGCUACCACCAGACCCAUACCCCUGAAGUACUCUGUAGCUCUGUGCCAGCAGAAAUGCAAAAGAAGUGGAACCGUUGAGAGCAACUACUGUACCAGUGACUUUGUGAUAACAGGAACUGUCAUCACGGCGGCGGUGCGAGGAGGCAGCGUGUACGCCACCAUCUCCAUCAUCAACGUCUACAAAGAAGGCAACCUGGCCAUCCAGCAGGCCGGCAAGACCAUGAGCACCAAGAUCAUCGUGCUCUGCAAGAAGUGUCCAUCCAUCAGACGAGGUCUCAACUACAUCUUCAUGGGCUCAGCGGACGAGGAUGGGAAGGGGAAGAUUGCUCCGCAUCACUUCGUCAUGGCCUUCAAGGCCAAGAACCAGAGGGGACUCAACGUACUGAAGAACAAACGCUGCUGAGAUCAGCUACAUGCUGCCUGAGUCUCCACCCAACCACCAUGCCCCACCCACAAAAGGGUGUGACUGUUCUUGUUAGUGUCCUGGCUCCGCCCAUCAUUACCUAUCAUCCGUCACCACAGGACUAGUCUACAGAGCUCAGGCUGUUACUGCCUGGAGGUG